AUGGAUUCUGACGCCAAUCUACCACUGAAACCAGAAAAACCACUCGAGACUGACUGCUGUGGAAAUGGAUGUGUACCAUGUGUCUUUGACAUUUAUGAAUCCGAAGUAAAAAUCUGGGAAAAGGAAUGCGAACGCAUUUUGCAGGGCCAGGAAGAACCAGACGAGCAAGGACCAUUGCUUCUGGAAGAAGCAUAUCGAAAAUUUGAAAUUGCAUCAGUUGAUGAAGACAUUCCGAAUGUUUUCAUAUUCAGGUUUAAGAUACCGAAUUCAAAAACGCUGGGCCUGGCUCAUGGACAACAUGUGAUUAUUAGAUGUAUAGAUGAACACGGUCAGCCAAUAACUCGGCAAUAUUCUCCUAUAACAAUAGAUUCUCAGGGCCAUUUUGAAAUCCUUAUUAAGGUUUAUGAUUAUGGCAAAAUGAGUCGAUCGAUUCGACAAUGGAAAGUGGGCACACAAGUUGAAAUGCGUGGACCCUUUAAUGGAAUAUUAUAUAAAAGGAAUUCUUAUGAACGGUUAUACUUGAUUUGCAUGGGGACUGGAAUCACCCCCUUUGUAGCCCUUAUAUCCUCCAUAUUGGCUGAUGAGGCAGAUGAAGUCAGAAUUAGAUUGAUAUUUGGAUGUUCAACAGCAAAUGAAAUAUUACUUAAAAAACACCUGAAUCAAUGGAAUGGUUUCUGGAAUUUUUCUGUGACUUUUGCCAUAAAUUCCACGGAGAAUUCUCAGAAUGAUUUAUACGGGUUUGAGAUUUACACGGGAAAAAUUUCCAAAGAUCUUCUGGAUGGUGAAAUAGUAGCUGAAGGGAAUUACAAAGUGUUUGUGUGUGGAUCUAGUAACUUUACUCAGGAUAUCUCUAAAAUACUGAAAGAAAUGUCUGUACCUACAGAAAACAUUGUCAACUUCUGA